AUGCGAAGCCCCAAAAAGCGACGCCUGUCAAGACUACGUUUCCGACAUGCAACCCUUUGCUUGACCACAGCCAAUCAGGAGCCGGGAGAAGCUGCGCACGCGUCUGUGGACAAGGAAAGGUUUGUGGAUAGAAAGAAUGGGCCCUUUUCAGUAGAACUUCCACGGCAACAAGCUGUCAACUUUGGAGGAAGUUUGGAAGUUGGGUUGAAGCCUGCAGGCCACUGCGUGUUCUUCAGCAUUGUGGAAGCAGGGGCUUUGGUCGCGCUUGCAUUGAGACAGCUCUCCCAGACACAGAUGCCUAGUGGAUGUUGA